CAGGUGGAGGCAGGAGCCCCGGUUUCGGCGCCACGCCGCCCGCCCCUGGUUUGCUCCCCAAGAAGAACAGAACAGAACAGGGGGCAGGUAGCCAGCCAGCCAGACGUGGCGAAACCGCACCCUCCCUCCCAGCCCGGCCCCAUAUAUACCCCCGGCCUCCCCACACUCGGUUCCCCACGGAUUCGUUGAUCCUGUGAAGUGAGAGAUCAGUUCUCGAUUUCGAUUCCGGGUCCAGAGAAUUCCCCAGGCGAGCGAGCGAGAUGGCGACCGCCGGGAAGGUGAUCAAGUGCAAAGCCGCGGUGGCGUGGGAGGCGGGGAAGCCGCUGUCCAUGGAGGAGGUGGAGGUGGCGCCGCCGCAGGCCAUGGAGGUGCGCGUCAAGAUCCUCUUCACCUCCCUCUGCCACACCGACGUCUACUUCUGGGAGGCCAAGGGCCAGACCCCCAUGUUCCCUCGGAUCUUCGGUCAUGAAGCUGGAGGCAUAGUGGAGAGUGUUGGAGAGGGUGUGACUGAGCUUGCCCCUGGUGACCAUGUCCUCCCUGUGUUCACUGGGGAGUGUAAGGAAUGCCCACAUUGCAAGUCUGCGGAGAGCAACAUGUGUGAUCUGCUCAGGAUCAACACCGACAGAGGUGUCAUGAUCGGGGAUGGCAAGUCACGCUUCUCUAUUGACGGGAAGCCGAUUUACCAUUUCGUAGGGACUUCCACCUUCAGUGAGUAUACUGUCAUGCAUGUUGGUUGUGUUGCCAAGAUCAACCCUGAGGCUCCCCUUGACAAAGUCUGUGUUCUUAGCUGUGGUAUUUCCACUGGUCUUGGCGCAUCCAUUAAUGUUGCAAAACCACCAAAGGGUUCGACAGUGGCGAUAUUUGGGCUAGGAGCUGUUGGCCUUGCUGCUGCAGAAGGUGCAAGGAUUGCAGGUGCAUCAAGGAUCAUUGGUGUUGACUUGAACGCCAGCAGAUUUGAAGAAGCUAGAAAAUUUGGCUGCACGGAAUUUGUGAACCCGAAAGAUCACACCAAGCCAGUUCAACAGGUGCUCGCUGAGAUGACAAAUGGUGGAGUUGACCGCAGUGUUGAGUGCACGGGCAACGUCAAUGCUAUGAUACAAGCAUUUGAAUGUGUUCAUGAUGGCUGGGGUGUAGCUGUGCUGGUGGGUGUGCCGCACAAGGAUGCCGAAUUCAAGACCCACCCGAUGAACUUCCUGAACGAGAGGACUCUCAAGGGCACCUUCUUCGGAAACUUCAAGCCGCGCACUGACCUGCCCAAUGUCGUGGAGAUGUACAUGAGAAAGGAGCUGGAGGUGGAGAAGUUCAUCACACACAGCGUGCCGUUCUCGGAGAUCAACAAGGCAUUCGACCUCAUGGCGAAGGGCGAGGGCAUCCGCUGCAUCAUCCGCAUGGAGAACUAAGCCGCCUCACGCGCUUCUGAUCGCUCCGAUGUAAUAAGCGCUGGGGUGCGGUUUCUGAACAAGAUCAUCGUCUGUGGUUUCGCCUUCCUUGGCAAAGUAGCGUAGUAUUAGUUCAAGUAUAUCUGUAAUUACGUACCGGACAAGUGGCUGUACUACGAACGAGCUCUCUUUUGGCAGCAAUAUAUGCUGCUGCUACUACUACUAUGGCCAUGAGUUUCAGUUGAAUAAGUGUUCUCAGCCUGA